CUGAGCAUUCUUCAUUCUUUCGGAGAAAGACUCGUCCUUUAUUUACGAACCGCGCCUUGUCAUGCAAAAAUUCUGCAAAACUGCCAACCAAAACCAGACCCAAUUUCUAGAAUCCAUCGGCCCAUUGUCUUCUCCUUCUUCAUCGCCUGCCUUGUCUCUCUUUCUCUCUCUCUAGAUUUGGGCAACCAGCGAAGCGAAUCCAGCAUUCCAUGGGGUCUAUGCUUGGCGACUUGCCUUCUUUUGACCCACAUAACUUCAGCCAACUUCGGCCAUCCGAUCCUUCGACUCCAUCCGCUUGACAUGGAUUCAGCACUAUGUAAAAUUCGGACUAGGGUACAUAUGAAAAGCUUGUCUCCUUAUCCUGCUCAGGAAAAUGACUCCAGCAACCUAUCAUCCUACCCACGGACGGACUCUUCCACCACCAGAUCAAGUCAUAACCACUGAAACUAAGAACAUACUUCUGAGAAACUUCUACCAAAGAGCAGAAGAGAAGAUGAGACCGAAGCGAGCUGCCCCUGAGAGCCUUAUACCAGAACACAGCUGCAAGCAGCCAAGGCCUUCUACCUCCAACUAAAGUUUGUCUCAGUUUUAAAGAUGUACAUACUAGAGAGUCUAAUCAUAGUGCCAAAAAUGUAUGGAAGUUUGUUUGCUGAGAGGACUCCCGCAGAAUGUCAGCUCUGGGCAGUUGGAACUGUUGUGCUGUAUACGCGUAGAUCUGUAUACAAAGUUACAAACAAACACUUUGCUGCUGAUGGCAUGCGUUAAUGUCUCUCUUCUUGUCUGUUCUUCGACUGAAAAUCAUAGGGUAGAUUGACCAAAAUCAUAGUUUAGUUUGCAUUUUGGUCUGUUGAUUCAGCAGCUGGAUUAAGAAACCGAGAGCAGAGAUAGAGACCCCAAUCUUUCUUUCUUCUGGAAGUUUUAUCUAUGAUCUCAUAUUCUUUGAUCAGACGGAGGACUGACAAAUGAAUAAAAUGGAGAGUUUCGAGUCUUCUGAUGCACACACCGCAGCAUAUUGAACAGGCG